AUGGACAAGCUUUCGAAGUUCGAGAUUGAAGAAAAGUGUGGGGAAGGAACUUAUGGUGUCGUCCAACGAGCUAGGAAUAAAGACUCAGAUGAACUAGUAGCCUUGAAGUAUAUCAAACUGGAAUCUGAGGAUGAAGGGAUCCCUUCAACCGCUAUCAGAGAGAUAGCCUUGUUGAAAGAACUUCAGCACCCAAAUAUUGUUAGUCUUCAAGAUAUUGUAUUGGAAUCUUCCCAGUUGAUCCUUAUCUUUGAGUUCCUUGAGCAGGAUCUCUAUAAAAUCAUCAAAGCUAAUGAUUUCCAAGGUCUAGAGAUUCCUAUAGUUAAAUCAUAUCUAAAACAGAUGCUUGAAGGUGUGGCUCAUUGCCACAGCAAGAAAGUUUUGCAUAGAGACCUAAAGCCUCAGAACUUGCUGGUAAGCAAGGAUGGAUGCCUUAAACUGGCUGAUUUCGGUUUAGCAAGGGCUUUCGGAAUCCCAGUUAAAAACUAUACGCACGAGGUUGUUACUUUGUGGUAUAGACCUCCAGAUAUCCUUUUUGGGUCAAAGACAUACUCCACACAUAUCGAUAUGUGGAGUGUUGGCUGAAUCUUUGCUGAAAUGGUCUCGGGACACCCUCUGUUUAAAGGUGAAGAUGAGAAAGAUCAACUUGACAAGAUAUUUAGAAUAAAAGGAACUCCAGAUCCUGAUGAUUGGAUUGGAAUGAAUGAACUCCCUCUUUACGACGGCAUGAAGGAAGAGCUCCCUCAACAUGAUCCAAAGGAUAUCAGUGAAUUCGUCCCUGGACUUGACGAAGUAGGCCUUGAUCUUCUUGAGAAGUUAAUCCAGUGUGAUCCUAUGUGACGUAUUACAGCUGCAGAUGCCCUCAAUCAUCCAUUUUUAGCUGAGGAAUAA